GUGUGAAUCAUCCCGGGAUGGAUUAUGAUUUUGUCGUUGGUGAAUUUUACGGAGUUCUCGAUGAGGCUACCCUGGGAAGUGCCUGUCAAUCUCUGCCGGCUAAACAAAGGUAUCAGGCCAAUGCUAGGGAGAGGUACAGAACACACAGUGUUAAUUCUGCUUUCAAUACUCUGAGACUCCUGAUUCCCACUGAGCCGAAGAAUAGAAAAUUGUCCAAGAUUGAGACUCUGAGACUGGCCAAGAGCUAUAUUUCACAUUUGGCAGCUAUUCUUCUCACUGGAAAUUACAAUCAACCAUGUGUGUAUGUGACGACUCCAUCAUCCUUCCAUCCAUCUUGCUUGGACUUCCAUCGGGAGGACGAUGAGGAUGACGAGGAGAAGUUAAUGGAGCACAGUCGAACGAGUAUUUGCACCUUCUGUGUCGCCAUGAAGAAUAACACCAGCUGAAUUGGAAGAUGAUGGUGCCAGGAUCCGGGGGAUGUACGGUGUGCAAUGUGUUGUGUUGUGUAAAUGUGCAUACGAUGCUUCAUUGACUCUGCUCCAGGAUUCAUCCUAAUGGCUAAGCCACUGAAAAAGUUUCCGGUAAACCGAUAAAAAAAAUUCAUCGUACGGCAAGAGUGAGGGACUUUUGAGCACGCGUGUGCAUCUCUAUUUAAUGCAGUCAAAGUUGAAAAUUGCUGCAUGACUUUUGGUUCUCUAUACCAAAAGCUCGUUACUGAGUGAAAAUUUGAGAGAAAAGA